UCUUACUUCCUCGUAGGCUCCAUGAACCGUACAAACCCUCAGCAAGGGUAAAAAUGGCAAAAAGCGGCUUAAACUGAGACCAAUUGAGGCUUCGCCAUGGCUUUUGGUUUACUCGGAUCGGAUCGGAUCGGCUCGCAUUGGCGGCCAGUAGAUGGUGAUGGUGAUUCAGCCCGAAAAUUCGAAUGUUUGUUUGUUUGUUGAGAUGCGCCAAACCCCAAACGCCAAACGCCAAAAGACGAAAGAGACCUAUACCGAUACCGAAACCGGCGACAAAUCAAUGGUCUGAGCAAAUAACGGAACCCGGCUCGAAGCCCACUGCCGGCCCAGCUGAAGGUCUCCCCACGAACUCUACUUGGUAUAAAAAUCACCUCGUCCAUCCAAGCCAACAUCAGACGCUUCACAGACUAACAAUUAACAAGAUGAAACUCUUCGCCCUGACCAUUGCCCUGUGCGCCUGCCUAGCCGCCGCAGAUGUGUCCCACCUGCAGCCCGCCAGCAGCUACCUGCCACCUCCGCGUCCGGAGCAGGCCAUCUCCAUGAGCAUCGAGCAGCAGGAGCUGCGCGAACUGCCGGAGCAAGUGGAGUACAUGCGAAUGAACGAGCAGGGCCAGAUGGAGCCCAUGCCCGCCAGUCUGCUGACGCCUCCUGCUCCCGAAGGCGAGGUGGAAGCCAUGCCCUCCACCCGCUACCUGCCACCCGCAGCUCCGGUUCCCAGCCAGAUGAAUGUCGAGCCCGUUGAAAUGAUGGCACCCGAGCAGCCAGCCAUGGAGCAGCUCCAGGCCCAGCCUCAGCCCCAGCUGGCCAUGCGCUACCUGCCUCCUGCUCCUCAGGAGAACCAGCAACUGACCUACCAGCAGUACCAGGAGCAGAUGCAACAGCUGCAGAUGCAGCAGCUCCAGGAACAGCAGCCAGAGGAGUCGCAGCCGGAGCAGCCCCUACAGCCAGCUGAGGAGCAGAUGCCCUAUGUCCUGGAUGUCCAGCAGCCCAUGGCUCCCUCCGAUGCGGAAGCCCAGGAGCCUCAGGAACCCGAGCCAGCCCACGAACUCCGUGCCGACGGCUACCACUACAAGCAGGCCGAAGAGCAGCUCCGUCUGAGGCAUUAGCUCAUCCAAAGCUGAGUCACUGGAUGACGUUAUCGAGAAUUCCGGGCAUGCGUCACCGAAUUGUUGAAUUAUUUCUAGUUCUAAGCUUUACGAGUCCGAUUAAAGUUUGUUUUGUUGAGAAUUUGUGACUUAAAAUAAUGGGCGGCUCUAAAUUUCAACAAGAGAGAAGAUUUCUUUAUUCGGAAAUAAGAUU